UAGGAGUAGCGUCGUCAUUUAAGCCGGCGGGCGUCAGCUGCAGCAGCGAUAUGCCACGGAUUAGAGGCGAGCUCCUCGAGAGAUUCGAGCUCGCCGCUGUCCUCGACAGCAAUCUUCUUCAUUCCAAAUCUUUCGAGCAGUAGCGAGCUACCCGCCAGUAGUGUGUGUUGAAGUAGUGAGUCGUUGCAUGGAUCCGGCGCGCAGUCCACCACGGCCAUGACCAACGAUCGACAGUCGUGGUUCCGGGGCGUGCGGAGCAGCAAGUUCCGACAUGUGUACGGCGCACCGGCCAAGAGGGAGAGGUGCUACGACAACAUCAAGAUCACGAAGAAUGCCCACGACUCGCAGUUCUGCGCCGUCAAUCCCAAGUUCCUGGCCGUGGUCACCGAGGUGGCCGGCGGCGGUGCCUUCCUCGUGCUACCUCUCGAUCACACUGGACGCCUGGAUUUCAACGCGAACAGAGUGACGGGCCACACCGGACCGGUGCUCGACAUCAAAUGGAAUCCAUUCAACGACAACGUCAUCGCCUCGUCGUCCGACGACUGCACGGUGAAGCUCUGGCACAUCCCAGACGGCGGUCUGUCCCGUAAUCUGACGGACUGGCUGGUGGAGCUACAGGGCCACAAGCGUCGGGUCGGCUACAUCGAGUGGCAUCCGACCGCGGAGAACAUACUGUUCAGCGCGGGCUUCGAUCAUCUGGUGAUCGUGUGGGACAUCAGCAAGGGCGAGGCGGUGAGCGUGAUCGAUCGUCAUCCCGAUGUCAUCUACAGCAUGUCCCUGAACAGGGAUGGAAGCCUGUUGGCCACCACCUGCAAGGACAAAAAACUCAGGGUCUUCGAGCCACGCUCCGGCAUUGUCGUCUCGGAGGGCAUUUGUCACGCGGGAACAAAAGCAAGCAAAGUAGUAUUCUUAGGAGCAUCGGGUCGCCUAUUGACCACCGGUUUCAGUCGUCACUCGGAUCGUCAGUACGCAGUGUGGAGUCAACACGAUUUGUCAGCACCGUUGACGUGCGAAACGAUAGACUCGAGCAGCGGUAUCGUCUUUCCGUUUUACGACCACGACACCAACAUGGUUUACCUAGCUGGCAAGGGCGACGGUAAUAUCCGAUACUACGAGGUUGUGAACGAGGCACCUUGGGUGCAUUAUCUCAGUCAAUUUAUAUCUGGUAAUCCUCAGCGUGGCCUUGGCGUCAUGCCUAAACGCGGAGUUAAUACGUCAAUCUGCGAGGUCUUUAGAUUUUUUAAAUUGCACGCCACGAGGGGCAUGUGCGAGCCUAUAUCAAUGAUUGUACCUCGUAAAAGCGAUCAAUUUCAAGAUGAUUUGUACCCAGACACUGUGGGUACAACACCAUCUAUCUCGGCAAAAGACUGGAUUAGCGGAAUGAACAGUCCGCCGGUGCUGAUAUCACUCAAGACUGGUGGAAGCAUCACUACGCACAAGCCGAGAGUUUACAAACCCUCUCACCUGACAUCGACGACGGACGCAAACACGAAGAAGAAAUUCGCGUUCCUGUCGACGGAAACAGUGCCUGAUUAUCGACCUAAAGAGUAUAAUGAAAUAUCGGAGAAAAGUCAAAAGACAUCGAGCAAUCAGAGCACCAAAUUUCAUCAACUGCAACAAAAGUUCAACAAUGUCGGCUUACAGACACCAAGAUGUAGCAUCAAAUUCUAUGAGCUCCUUAGCAAGUUCGGAAGUUUUUCCCUUUAUUCUAAGAAUAAUAUAUCACCAUCGCUCAACGACAACAAAGUGCUGGAUACCGAAAUCCCAAUUAAUGAGUCCGAGUUGAGAGUAGCUUAUCUUCGGCAGACUGACGAACUUAGGCUAGUCAGACGUCAACUAGCCAAUAGUCAACUCCGGGUGAAGGAGUUGGAAGAGCAGCUGCGAAAACAACAGCAACAAAAAGGCUUAUAAAUCUGUACGUGUAUUCUAAUGAGAAUGCUCAAAACGUAGAAGUUUCGAGUAAUUUAGUUUUAUAUUAUUUUAUUAUUUAACAUCGUUGCAAUCGCAAUAAAAAAUGAAAGCACCCGAUGAUUAUUGAUAUAUAGUUUACGUGCUACUUCGACAAAUUAACAAUUGUAACUCUGGUAUUUUGUGAUACUAGAGGCACUUUUUAGAAGAAAAUGUUGAAUAGGCAGUAUUCAAUUGAUCACCGCAAAUUUAAUGGAAACAAAAAUUACCAAUUUUCACGACUAACAAAUGAAUUUACCGCUUUGGGUAUUGUUUAUGCAAUAGAAUCUGUGAUUUGUUCCUCGUAUUAAUUAAUUCAUUCCUUGUUUAACAUUAUAAUACUUGAUUCAUAUACUGACAAUAUGAAAUUAAUUCAUGUAUUUAAUGCGUUGAAUUGUAAUAUACACACGAUAUUGUGUAUGUAUCGUUUUAUUUUUCAAAAAAUAAUCAUGAACAAAUAAUCAUUAAAAAAUUUAUCUAGAUGUUUCUAGAUUUACAUACUUUUAUUUUUGAAUAAGCUGUUUAGACAAAAAAUAAAUUAUCGUGUAUCAUUAUUUAGCAUGGAAAUGUGAUUGGAGUAUAAUUUAUGUAAUUUUAUGUUUAUACAUAUGUUGUAAAUUUAGUUAAAUGUAAUACUACAUUAUACUUUUAAAAUUUAUGAGAAAGUAUUGCUUAGAUUUGGGCAAUCGAUAUUAGCUAUGUAUCGAUAAAAAUAUGGUUAUACUAAGAAAAAAAUGUGAAUGCGAGUAAUAUAUUUAUGUAGAAAAAACAGACAUUUACAAAUCAAAAAGAAUUAAAAAUAUUCUUGGACCAAACUGUACAAUAAAAUUUAUCAAGUAAUCGUAUAAAACUGACGAAAAUUAAUAUUGAAACGUAUUUUGUAAAACAUAUCUACUGACUGAUAUGUUAGGCAAUUAGUUUGAAAUGAAAAUUCUAAAAAAAAAUUUCACGUUAGAAAUUAUAACAUGAACUUGAUAUGAAUUUGUAAUCAAUUGUCAUUCGACCGAACGUUUAAUGUAUGAUACAUCGCCCAUGUCUAACACAAAUAUUUUCAUCAAGAUUAAACAAAUUAUAGCGCACUAAUCUCAUAACAUUUGUAUACAUAGCGUGCCUUGGCAAAGCAAACAAAUUCUGAAGAAUAAAUAAAUUGCCUUCUAUGUAUUCAUUUUUGUAGUUUCGAAGAGAUCAGUGCAUUUUGUAUUGAAUCAAUGUGAAAAAAAGGAUAUCGGUAUUUUGUACUUCUUACAUAAUUAACAAUUAUCAAUGUAGAAGCAUGGGUCAAGUGUGCCAAAGUUUGGGCUUUGAAGGGAUAUAAAUAUGCCAAAGAAGAAAGUCUAUACGCAAAUUGAAAUAAGUAUAUUUCGCUAAGUUUGCACACUUGAUACACUCGCUAAGCGACGAAUAUAUUUGUAUGCAUUCACUAAAGAGUUCGAUCAGAUUUUUUCAAUUGUCGUUCAAAUUUUGCAAGAAUAAAAUAGAAAAUAUAUUAGACACAUAUAAAUAAUUUUUUUAUUUUAUUACACCCAUAGAUAUAAAA